AGUGCCUUUUGUAAUGGGAGUGGGAUUAAGACAUCAAGUGACCAGCUGUGGCUCCCAAGUGGGUUUUAGGCUUCUUAGAGCACCAGGUCACUGUCAGGUUCAAUCAGCCACACGCCAUAGAGGUGAGAAGAGGUGGAGCACUGAGUGUGCUGCAAAGGAACCUUGCUGGAAUCCACACCAGGCCCAUCUUCUCAACUCUGAGGGACGGGGACAGAACCUAUUCAGGCCCUGUGAUGACAGUGACAUAUACAUACCGUGUGGCUGAUGCCCGCCUCGGCACCUUCUCACAGCUUCUGCUUCAAUGGAAAGGCAGCAUCUACAAGCUCCUCUAUUGUGAGUUCUUAAUCUUCGUCUCAUUUUACUUUGGCAUCAGCCUCAUCUACAGGUUAAUUCUGAAUGAAAGUCAAAGGCUGAUGUUUGAAAAACUGGCCCUCUACUGCAAUAGCUAUGCUGAACUGAUACCGGUGUCUUUUGUAUUAGGCUUUUAUGUAACCUUAGUAGUGUCUCGCUGGUGGGGACAGUACGAGAGCAUCCCAUGGCCUGACCGCAUUAUGAAUCUGGUUUCAAGUGGUGUGGAUGGGAAGGAUGAGUAUGGGCGUCUUCUGCGGCGCACGCUGAUGCGCUACAUCAAUCUACUGAGUGUGCUGAUCUUGCGCUCAGUCAGCACUGCAGUCUUCAAGCGAUUUCCCAGCAUGGAACAUGUUGUGACAGCAGGCCUGAUGACACCAGAAGAGCACAAGAAGUUUGAGAGUUUAAAUUCAGCCCAUAACAAGUUUUGGAUCCCAUGUGUGUGGUUCUCAAACUUGGCAGUGAAGGCACGUAAUGAUGGACGAAUCCGUGACAGUGUGCUCCUCCAAGGCAUCUUGAAUGAAAUGAACACGUUGCGCAGCCAGUGUGGACGUCUUUAUGGAUAUGAUUGGAUCAGUAUUCCCUUGGUCUACACACAGGUUGUCACAGUAGCUGUUUACAGCUUCUUCCUUGCAUGUUUAAUUGGCCGUCAGUUCCUGGAUCCAGCCAAGAGGUACCCUGGCCAUGAAAUGGACUUCUAUGUGCCCAUUUUCACCUUCUUGCAGUUUUUCUUCUAUGCUGGCUGGCUAAAGGUAGCAGAACAGCUCAUCAAUCCAUUUGGAGAGGAUGAUGAUGACUUUGAAACCAAUUGGCUUAUUGAUAGGAAUCUGCAGGUCUCCCUUAUGGCUGUGGAUGAAAUGCACCAGGACUUGCCAACCUUGCAGAAGGAUCCAUAUUGGAAUGAAUCAGACCCCCAGCCACCUUAUACUGCAGCAACAGCAGAAUAUAAGCGGACAUCUUUCCUUGGCUCAACCUUUGAUAUCAGCAUGCAGAAGGAAGAGAUGGAAUUCCAACCCCUGGAACAGAUCAAAGAGAAUGAGGAAGCAAACCACUCGACACCACUGUUGGGGCACAUAAGCCGCUUCCUGAAUGUACAAUCCCCCAGCUUUACCAGGUCGCCAAGAAUGAGCCUGAUCCGUCGGAGGAAUGAAAAUGUCCCUCCUUCUCUUUGUUAUGCUUAUAUUGAUGGGGGCAAGCCUGGGAACCCUCCAAGUAUUAAUCAGCAAAGGGGAGACAGCUUCCCACUAGGCAUCAGUUCUCAGGAUCAAUGGGACACUGCAGCCAGUAAACUGAGAGAAUUUGAUGCCUUCACAUCGAGCCCUUUCUAUGAGAGGCCUGGAUUCUACAGUGCUCCACAGACGCCCAUCAGCUCAAUUCCGAUGAUCUUGCCAUCCCAGCGUCAAAACCGAAAAAAACCUCCUGCUCUCUCCAGCAUUGCUGCUUGUUCCACUUUUCUGAGGGACAACACUACCAGCCAGUCUCCUCGCAAAGUUGGUGAUAUGGACAGAAGUGAGCACUUGUUUGGCUCAAGAUCAAGAGAGACUUUUUUGUGGCCAGCUGAAAAAAGCCAAGUUUCAGACUCAUUAGUCAUGUCAGUUAAAGAAGACACAAAAAACAUAAGCAGUUGGUCAAAGGAAACAUCUCCUCUUGGAAGUCCAGAAGGAGCUCUGUCCUCAGGCGACUCUGUAAGCACCAAGUUUCCCUUCUUUGUUGAGUGCACAGGCCCUGAGAUGCAAGCCAGUUUCAAGAGCUUGAAUAAUCUGAAAAGCCACCAGCAACUUCCAGAUAACACAACAGCUCCAGACCAUGCCAGCAUCCUUUAUGCUCACAGCAUCAAGACUCCUAAUAGCAAUGGCCCUACUACUUUCUUUCCCUUCACCCCUUUGACUUCCCCAGGGUUUGAGACAUCUCAUCUGAGCAAAGGAAAUGCUAUUGUUGGCCCUGGCUCAGAAGUUUCUCCUGGAGUUAUGGAGCAAGAUAAUCCAACUGUUUCUGGAGCUGCAAGUGACUCAGGAAGUAUUUAUUACACCGAGGAGCAGAGAAAGACCACCAGCUCUUUGCCCAAUGACUCUGGCAUCUCUCUAGCAGAGAGAGACUUUGUGGGAUUAAUGGAAGUGAUCAUGGAAAUAAGUGAGAACACAAGUGAUGAAGGAAAGGGAGACAAGGGACAGUUCAGUUAAGUGGGCACAGAGUCUUUUCAUAUGGAUGUUGUGGGAGGGAUUGCUUUAUUAUUUUUAAAAUUGCUAUCCAGCUUUUUAAGGGUGGCAGAAGCACACACUACAGACUACAAAACAAAUGGAAUAUCAGCUUUAAGCUGGACCACUCAUUUCAUAAAUGCAUAUGAGCUGUCAUUAACAAGCAAGUUAAGGGCCAUUCAUGGAAUUUCAGCAUCACACAACUAAGGAAAUUAAUUUCAGCAGACUUACUUUGGUUCCAUGCUUAAUCUUUUGUUUGCUAUUUUAUCUGAAAGUACCAAAGAAUGGGAACUUGCUGCCAGUGCUACAAAUGCACAUCCCGCUCCAGGGAGAGUAUUGGAGAGAGAAUUUAAUUGGGACAAAUCAUAUAAUCGGUGUGUAAGUUCAUUUCAGAAGGAUGCAAUGGCUUCUUCCCCCCCCCCUCCAAUUAGCAUACUUAAAAAUGGAAUUUCUUCUUGUGACUAUUACCAGCCCACUUAGCCAAAUUAUGUUUGAGGUUUAUUGGAUCCUAGAGAAAUUCCUUUACACAAGAUCACACUUCAUGUGGAUUUUGACAGUGAUUACAGAUUAAGAUUGGAUAGUGGCAUGAUGGCAUACUCCAUUCAAAAUGGGCAACACCAGUAUGACCCAACCCAUCCAGUCAGCCUACAGCGCCAAACUUUCCAACCCAAACCCAAACAUUUUUAUAGACAUUAAUAUGAUCUUGGUAUUAAGGACUUGUUAGCAUGUCCUGUGCUCCAGAUGGCGGGAGAGGGUGCAAUUCUUGGAGGCAUUCCUGUUGCCUUACGGUACAACUGUACCCCUGACUGAGUAAAAGAAAAGUUGGGAAGUCAGAGGACAGUAUUAAUCGGUCACUCUAGCAAAUAAGGUGCCUAUUGCAAGCC